AUGGCGGAGCCAUUCACAGCAGGAGGAGAGAAGAGGAGGACACGUGCCUCCGCUGACGAACCGACCACGGAGCGGAGCGCAGACAUUGAGGAGGGUUGGGGAGAUGGUACUCUGCUGCACGGGUUGGUAGAUGUCACUGCGCACAUAUCCUCACCCGAUGUUUUCGCCAAGGGACUGUAUGCAACGAUCAUUGAUGACCUCGGACCACAGAUGCAUCGACCGGAUAGAAGGACUAUUGAGGGGGCCGGUCUGGCUCAACACCAACAGACAAAACGCCAAGCAGAAGAUUUUUCGAGACACACCCAGGUCCAGGUCAGAUUCCCCGAUGGUUUCUUGUUCUCGAUGAGGCACAUCGCUUGGGGCGAAAACGCCCAGGACGCCAAGCGAAAGGAAGAUGACCUAAAACUAAACGUCCCAAACAAGAGACCGAAUGAAAAGUCCAACGUUGUGUCUGUCGCUUAA